UAGUAACACACUGACCCUACGUGGAAACAAGAAAGAUAUUAAAAAAACUCAUAUGAUUCGUCUCUAUAAAAGAUCCAACUCUCACAAAUCAAACAAAUCACAUUUCCACUCUCCUUGAAUCUGAUUUCUCCACAAAAAAACUACAUCGAUCAUCGAUAAUAGAUCGUACUACAAUACUAUAUUCUCAAAACGAUGGUGUUUCCGGCGUGUGUACAGUGCGGAACAAGACAAAACCCCUGUCGGUGCAAAGUGGUUGGACCAACUUUAGGGUUCGUGGCUUUUCUGAUAACCGGAAUCAUCGAGUGGCCAGUUGGUGCGGUGGUGUAUAUCUUUAAACACGCCAAGGGUCGUCGUAUAAUGGGUCAUCCGGCCAGAAAAGUUUAUCCCAAAGUCUCUCGAUCUAUUCCCAUUUGACUUUCUUGUCAUUAAUUAUAAUCAUGCUUUGUAUUUGCUUGACAAAUAAUGAUUCCACUUUUUAGAUAUAUGUGAUCACAUAAGGUAUCUAAGUCCAGAAUUAGUAUCCGUUAUAAUGACCAAAUAAUGUUAUGUUAAAAUUGAUACUUUGUUUCUUGUCUUUUCAAUUUGAUUUACUUGAUGUGUACCUUUUGUUUUGUUUUGUAAUAUACUUGUGCAAGCUAAUAAAGUUUCAUGAAAGAUAUUCUUAUGAUUGAGAAAAGUAUUAGCUGCAUCGUAAAACCCUAAAUCUUUGAAUCAAAGCUAUCCAAUCCAUUGUAUAACGAGUAAGAUUGGUACGGAUGAAUUAUUUUUAGAACACGAGAAUGUUUGGAUUUUUGUUCUAACGAAACAGAACUGAGAAUCGCGGGAGAAACCAAUCAAAUUCCAUGUUUGACCUUUGUUUUUACCUUUUUACCGCGGUAAGUAUUGAAUAGUAAAAAAAGUUUGCUUCAUAAAAUAGGAUUCGAUCAAAAAAGCCGUUAAAAGAGAAAAGGAUGUUCGCGCGAAGACUCUCCUCUCUAUUCUCUAUCGUAACCAAAAGGUUUAUCAAUUGAUCUGAAAAUUCCAUAAAACAGCACCAAUAGUUCCUAAUUACGAAGCUGAUGUAGUUUCUCUGUUUUAAUUGUAGAUCACAAAGUCGCUUGCUUUCGUGUCCGACAACUUCUGCUCAAAAUUGGGUAUUUGCUGAGUUUCGUCAGACUAUACAAGCAACUCGAUUUUAUGCAAGUGGAAGAGGAAAAGACUACAAUCUAUUUGGUAAUGUGAAACCAGGUGAUGAUGACUUUAGAAAAACAUGGGAGAAAGAAAUGGAGGAUGAUGAUACUCUAUGGUCAGGAAGUGAAGACGAAAGCAAUGAUAAGACAAAACAAGAAAGCGGAAGAAACCGUCUUGAAAAAGAGAUUAAGAAAGCUAGACAACAAGCUAAGGAUAGCACCGAUCAAAUUGAUGGAGAUGAUAGUGAUGAAUUGUACAGCGUUUGGUCAGGAAGUGAUGAGGAAAAAACGCUGUGGACUGGCGAUGAAGGUGAUGAUGACGACGAUAUUCCAACAGAGCCACGCCCGAACGAGGCAUCUGAUAAAUACUUAGAUAAGUUGUUUGAGUUUGAGGAGAAACCAAAGUACAGGACAAUCUCAGAGUUGUUGAAAUCUGAAAAUGAACCUGAGGAGCUUUCACCCGGUAAAAAGGCGAGGAAGCUUGCUGUUGAGAACGCGUUGAAGAAACUGAAUAAAGGGCCUGAUGGGCGCUACACAAACGUGUGGGAAGUAAUGAGUGAUGUUGACAUUCUGAUUGGAGCAUUUGAAAACAUUAUCUCGGGACCUGAGUAUGAAGAGCUAAGAAAAGGUGGACCCAAGAGACUGAACAUGCAGUUCUUCAAGGAUAUACAAACUCGAAUGAGAGAUCCAAACUUCAAGUUCACACCUGAAAUAAAGUUGAAGCCAAAGAGUAAACUAGUGCCUAGGAAGAAAUGGCAGAAGGCACAGUCCAGAAUAAGGAAAGCGAAGAAGCGGUAAAAGCUCCACGCUAGUUCAACGAUUUCGAUAGAUUUAACAGGUUUAAAGCAUGCUUAGAGAACACCAAACAGCCUCCAAAAAUAUCCACUCAAGUCUUAUUUCAUCGUAAAUUUGUAAUGCGGUACCGUGAGUAAACAGCUUUCCUUUACCGUGAUUCUGGUCUUUAUGAUUCCUUCUUCUAAAGAAAGAAGCUUUGAAAGAAAAGCUAAAGAUGCUUUGGUCCCUCUUGGACAUUUUUUUGGGGAAGAAGAAUACAGCUUUUUGCAUUCUUUUGAUCUUCAAAAGUUUUCUUUUUUUCCUUUGGUGUUAAAAAGAUUGGAACUUGUAAAUGUGACACUCUCUUGCCCUUUGAAGCUUAUUCUAGUCAAAAUAGUAAAAAUGAAGCAAUUUGCCUAACAAAUCACAUGAUUCUGAUUUU